AUGAUGGAAAACAAAAAGUCCUUUAUGCUGGACGAGGAGGAAAAUUCGAUCAUAUUUAGUCUUUUAGGUCGAAAAUGCCUUACGCUUUCUACUGCCGUCGUUCAACUUUUGGUGACUUUGCCUCCGCAGCACAUCAAAUGGAAUCACAAGUGUACUGGGGUGGUGUGCUUUGUCAAGGAUAACCCGAAACGUUCUUACUUUAUAAGGGUUUAUGAUAUUGAGAAAAGAGAAAUUGUUUGGGAGCAAGAACUGUACAGCACUUUUGAAUACAAAGAACAACGAUCAUUUUUUCAUACAUUUGAAGCUGACAACUGCAUGGCUGGUCUUAACUUUUCUAAUGAAAAUGAGGCACGCCAUUUUGCUGAUACAGUUAAAGGAAAGUUGCAGAAUAGACUUGCCAGACGACAUGACAAGAAACCAAAUCACAACGCAAUGCAACCAAACAUUCAGCCAACGGAACGGGGGCUUAUCAUGCCCGCAAAGCCCAUCGAAACAAAAAGUUCUUCAAAGGAAAACCGAAAACAAGGGAAAAAGAAAGUCACAAAAGAGGACAUCGGCAUGCCCACCAACUUUCAGCAUAUUCAUCAUAUUGGUUGGAAUUCCCAAACUAACCACUUUGAAGCCAACAAGGAAAUUUUCAACGAUACGAACUUAUUGACUUUCCUUCAAUCGGCUGGUGUUACCCAGGAUCAACUGCAGGACAAAAACACUGUUAAAUUUAUUUAUGACUUUUUGGAUCAACAUGGUGGUCGUGACAAGGCCCUUGCUGAGAUUGAGAACCCGCCGCCUCCUCCUCAGAUGCCUCCGGUGGCGUAUCCUACUUAUAAUCACAGCAAAAGCAAUGGCAGUCAUCUCCACAAGCCUGCACAAGGUGGACUUCCACCGCCUCCAGUGAUGAUUCCACCGCAAGCACAGCAAAAGCCUGCAGCGCCUUCUAUUCCUGCAGCGCCUUCCUCUGCUAAUGCCCUACCUCCGGUAUCCUCCGGUUCCAAUGAUGGUCACUCGGCCUUGAUGGAAGCAAUUCGCAAAGGAUCCACUUUGAAUCACGUUGAGCCAACAGACACUUCUUCAAACUCAAGCGGCGGUGGAGGCGGAGAGGACAUUCGAGAUCAACUUAUGAAUCAAAUUCGACAGGGAGUCGGCCUGAGAAAGGUCGAGCCUAAUGCCAACAAGGCUGAAGUGAGCAAAACGCCUACCAGCGGCUUGGCCGGGGCGCUUGCCCGUGCACUACAGGAGAGAUCUCGUGCAAUUAAUCAGACGGAUGAUUCGAGUGAUUCCGACUCGCAUAGUUCUGACGACGAAUGGGACUAG